UAUUCUAACUGACCGGGGAUGACAAAGAGAAUGGGAUACCGAGACUGGAGAUGGCAGGCGCUUUGGUGGCAUCAUUUCUUUUUCUUGUGGAGUACAAUAGACGGACAAACUCGUUACAGCAUCCCGGAGGAACUAAAACAAGGCUCUGUGGUAGGAAAUCUGGCCAAAGAUCUUGGUUUGGGACUUUCAGAUAUUUUUGACCGUAAACUGCGAGUCGCCUCUGAGGCUGGUGAGCAGUAUUUCAGUGUGGAUGCGGGGAAGGGCGAGCUGUUGGUGAAUGACAGAAUAGACAGAGAGGCUUUAUGCGGACAAAGCGCCAGCUGUGUGUUACCUCUGCAGAUCGUUCUUGAAAACCCUCUAAAUUUACAUCGGAUUGAGGUAGAAAUAAAAGAUAUAAAUGAUAAUUCUCCGAGAUUUCACACAAAAGAAAUGUCUCUGAAAAUCGCAGAAUCUGCAGCAGUGGGGGCUCGUUUUCUUUUGGAGAGCGCAGAGGAUUCAGAUGUUGGGAGCAAUUCGGUGAAAUCUUACACUUUGACUAAAAACGACUGUUUUACGUUGAAAAUGAAAGAAGUUGAGGAUGGUAAAACAGUCCCCGAGUUAGUGUUAGAGAAGCCUCUUGACAGAGAAAAGAAAGCACUUCAUCGGCUUUUACUGACUGCAUUAGACGGGGGGAACCCAGUCAUGUCUGGUACCUCUCAGAUCACAAUCACAGUCCUUGAUGUAAAUGAUAAUUUUCCAGUUUUCGAUAAAAACAUAUAUAAAGUUUCCUUACACGAGAGUACUCCAAAGGAUACUUUCGUUGUUAAAAUGACAGCAACUGAUGCUGACGAGGGACCAAAUGGAGAAGUUGAAUUUUCUUUUGGCUCGCGGACACCGGAUUCCGUGUCAUCGGUAUUUGAGAUAAAUUCAUUAACGGGGGAAAUACGUUUGAAAGGAGACUUAGAUUAUGAAAGAGCCACGUCUUACAAAAUCGAAAUAACUGCCAAAGAUAAGGGGGUUCCUGAGAUGGAGAGUCACUGUCGUUUACAGAUAGAUGUAGUAGAUGUUAAUGAUAACACUCCAGAAAUUAUUCUCACCUCUGAGCCGCAGCCAGUGCGUGAAGACGCACCAAGUGGCACAGUGGUGGCUUUGCUAAACGCACGUGACGCUGAUUCCGGUAAUAAUAGCAAAGUGACACUGCAACUACCCAGAGGUUCUCCUUUCACCCUAAAACCUUCAUUUUCUAAUAAUUACGCACUGGUUACCAGUGGUCCUUUAGACAGAGAGCGUUUCUCUCAGUAUAACAUUGAGAUAACAGCCACUGAUUCAGGCUCUCCUCCUCUGUCCAGUAAGAAAACUAUACCUGUCAGUAUCACUGAUGUCAAUGACAACCCUCCUCUAUUCACUCUUCCCUCCUAUAAUGUGUAUUUAAAAGAGAAUGGGGUACCAGGAUCUAUACUGUAUUCAGUAUCAGCAUCUGACCUGGAUUUUGCUGAAAAUGCUAAAAUCUCUUACUCUAUACUGGACUCUAAAGUGCAGGACGUUUCUGUGUCGUCGUAUGUUUACAUCAACUCAGAUAACGGCAGCAUCUACAGCAUGCACUCGUUUGACUAUGAGAAACUGAAGGUGUUUCAGAUUCAGGUUCAGGCCAAGGAUCAGGGCUCUCCGUCUCUCAGCAGCAACGCCACUGUCCAUGUUUUUAUCCUGGACCAGAACGACAACGCCCCCGCUGUCAUUUACCCGUCCUCCGCUGCCCUGGGCUCCCUCUCUCAUCAGAGGAUGCCCCGCUCGGCUAAAGCGGGUCACCUGGUUACUAAGGUGACGGCCGUGGACGCUGACUCGGGCCAUAACGCCUGGAUCUCCUACAAACUGGCGGAGGCCACAGACGCCUCUCUGUUCACUGUCAAUCUGUACACAGGGGAGGUGAGGACUAAACGCGCUGUGUCCGAGCAGGACGACUCCUCUCAGAGGCUGCUUAUAGAGAUCAAGGACGACGGGGAGCCGGUCCAGUCCGCCACCGUCACGGUGUCCAUCCUCAUGGAGGACGGUCUCCAUGAGCCCAUCUUAGACCUGCGACAGAAAGCGACCGAGCCCAGCAAGAAAAAUGGGAGAAUCACCCUUUAUUUGAUUCUGUCUCUGGCCUCGGUGUCCGUGCUGUCUCUGCUGACUUUUCUCAUCUUAGCGGUUAAAUGCAUCAGGAGCAGCAGAAGCAGCGGUAGUUGCUGCAUGAGACGGAGCGACUGUGAUGAUUACAAGAACCCCAACAGAAACCUGCAGAUUCAGCUCAACACUGACGGACCUAUAAAGUACGUGGAGGUCCUGGGAGGAGACAUGUUGUCUCAGAGUCAGUCCUUCAGGUCCUGUAUGUCUCCAAUGUCAGAGUACAGUGAUUUCACUUUGAUUAAGCCCAGCAGCACCACAGACUUUAAGGAGGUGAUCAGUGUCCUGGAUGCGUCUUUACCUGACAGCACCUGGACCUUUGAGAGCCAGCAGGUGAGCAGAAAACAAUAG